AUGAUCGGUACUGGACUACUAGAAAAGUCCUUCACUAGAUACAUUAGGAAGAACGUUUCUUUUAACACAAGGGAGAAAUGGGCUAGGGUUGCUGUUAGAGCGCUUGGAGUUAUAUUUCCAUACUUUCGCCUGACAAGAAUGUUGAUCUUGCUCACUCUUGAUUUUAUUGGCCGCAAGCUCUCGAUCUCUGCUAGAAGGGUGCGAAGAAAUUUCGUUACACAAAAACUUGGUUCCUGGAUAAACAAGAGCAGCAUCAGCAAGUGGUCAGAACAAGUUCCGGAAGAUAUCAUGCAAUCAAUUCUGCAGAGGCUCUCGAUAUCAGAUUAUGUACGAUGCAAGGCAGUGUGCCAUUCUUGGCGAGCCUCUGUUGACAUGGCAAUUGCCACCAAGAAUUGCCCUCCUGCUCGUCAACAUCCAUUGCUUAUGAUCGGCUCUCACCCUUCGUGCUUCAGAGACCCUUACUUUGCAAGUCUAAGUCAUGCCCCGAAAAUAACUCUCAAGAGGGCAAUACCAAAUUAUAUUCCCGCUAUUUACAAAAAUCUGAUGAACAGAUUGGCUUGUGUUGGGUCAAUUGAGGGUUGGAUGGUCAUGGUUGAUAGCAUUUUGUGGCGUCCAGAGAGUAAUAAUUUCGCUAAAUCAUGCUCAUUAUACUUGCAUAAUCGGGGUCGGCAAAGCACUUUAGAUAUAAUCUUAUUUUUCUUGAAUCCGAUUUCGGGUGCUCGAGUGAUGCUCCCAUCCUCACAAUCCAGUACUCUGCUUCCAUGCGGGUGCAACAAUGGAUCUUCCUUCCCCAUUGUUAAAGUAGUUGCCUCCGCAACACCAACAAGCCAACAUUGUUUCGUGGCUAGCCUUUGCUCAGUAGGCCAUUUAGCUUUGUGCAGGCCUACAGACAAAUCCUGGACCCUCAUCCAUGAAGGAAUCAAUUUUUGUGAUAUAGAAUUCAUGGAUGGAAAAUUAUAUGCUGCAACUGAUAAUGGAUUAAAGUUUUUAACGGUCUUUGACAUCAUCCAAGAUCCCAAUGCCAAUGGCCCUAUUAGCUAUGGGGCUCAAAGGCUAGACAUGCGAAUUCCUUUCCUGAGGUACAAUAUAUGGAGAAUGGGUGAUGUCCUGCGUGUGAGCGACUAUGAGGUCAUGCACCUAGCAACAGAUGCUACAUCAAUGGAUCUGUUUUUGAUUUUUCGUCGGAUUAAUUUUGAUUUCAAGGCAGAUCAAGCAUUUCCUUUGUUUGAGAUCAAACGUCACAGUUACAUCAAUCCACCCAAGACUAAGGGAUUUCGAGUUUUCAAGUUGGAGCAUGACAGUGACGAUCGUCCUCAAUGGGUCCAAGUUGUUGACCUAGGUGAUCGAAUAUUGUUUCUAAGCGAGACGGCCAACAUCUUCAUACCUAAUCAUGAUGAUAAGACACUUGAUAGAAACUGUAUCUAUUUUGCUUUCAAUUAUUCUUGUUUAGCAUCACUGUCGUCGCGUAGCAACGAUCGCGGAGUAUUUUUCAUGACAAACAGAAGCUUGGGACAUUUCCGGUUAUCCAGUCAUGGUUUUCUUACUUUAUUUCACACUCGACCUGUCUGGUUCACUCCAAGUCUUUGGUAA